AUGGUGUACGAUUGGGCUGGGAAGCGGGAAAUCUGCUACCAGAUGUACAUCCAGGAGAAGAAGCCCUUGGAAGAAAUCAUGGAAUAUAUGCGAACCGCCUAUCAGUUCGCGCCUAGUAAACGCGCUUUUCAGACUCAGUUCAAGCGAUGGGAAUUCCCGUCAAAACAAAACCCAGCACACAAAAAUGCUGACCUCGUCGUACGUGUGAAACACCUUUGGGAGAAGAACACAAGCCAGCGGGAUAUGCUUCGUAUCUUGAACGAGGAAGGCUUUGAGAUUAAAGAGAGAGAAUUGAUGCGUGUGCGCGCGAAGAAUCGUUGGCUGCUGCGAGUCCCCAAUGGAAUGAAGUCACACCCGAACGCUGAGGCCCAGGCAGUCAACCCCGAAGAUGAAGGACUCCUAGCCUUGCAGCAGGAAGUCUAUAAGGUCGAAAGCGCACUUGACGAUCCGGACACCCUCCAAACUGAGCCUAAUUCUGAGCGGCCGACCUCCGAGUCCCCCGCUCUAUCACCCGAAGUCAUCGCAAAACGACAAGAGCGGCUGGACCGCCUCAAGACCGAAAGUGCAGAGCGUUGGGCGUCUCGAAAACGUCGUCGUCGCACUCGAGGCUGGGCCGGAUUACCAGCUGACCCUCCGGGGCCUCCACGCUUUCCCUCGGAGACAACUAUCGAUGAGAGUAAACAGUAUCUCAACCUCGACAACACCAUGUACCGUCAGACCAGAGAUCAUUUCCAGCGAAUCUGCGAAGAAGCUGGGUUUAUCAAGAAAACGGCAGCUGGCCCGGAGAGAUGGCAAGCUGCGAAGGACAAAUUGAUUCAAGAAUCCCCUCACCUUCAGCAGGUCUUUGGCAUUGAUCCUGCCCAACGUGACGCGAAGGCACUCGCGCUCGAUGUCGUGUGUACCGAUGUCACUAAACGCAUGCGGACGCUGGAGAGACGGAUGACCAUCGCAGAAGCAAAGAAUGCCUUAGGAAUCAAUCCUGAGGAAAGUCGACAGAUUCGUAAUGCGUUCUAUGACACAUUGAAGCUGGAUCAUUUCACGAGCAAAUUAGAGGCCGGAGACGAUCACUGGCGUGAGUUGAAGGAUCAGUGGAUUGCGAACUCGGAGCUGCUCCAGCGAAUCCUAGCUCCCGGGCAGGCUAAUCCGGAUCACGCCAACAAACUGAAGGCCUUGGAAGUAUUGUGCCGCGAUGUCAUGAAGAGACUCCGAGAUGAUCAAACUAAGCGUGAUCCGGCACGCAAGAGAUCCUCAGCACGUGCUGAAUCUCGCAAUCCAACCCCCACUAGCACCUCUAUGGGCAACAUGUUGGGUAAUGAGAUCAGCAAUGGAAUCAGCACGCUAGCCUCUCAGGCGCUGGCUAGUGCGCCCAUCACAGCCAAUGAGAUUGGGGAUAUGCAAAUCGAUCCUUCUCUACUUCAAGCUGCUAAUGAUCCAUCUUUCUCAACCAACCCUCACCACAACACUAGCAAUGCAUUUGAAUAUGUGGACCCGAUGCUCAGUUCGGGGUUGUUAAACACCCCUGUAUACUUCCAGCUUGGUCCUUCGAGUCAAUCGCAGGAGACAACAAAACCUUGGCUCGAGAAGUUAGCGACGCGGACGGUGGAAGAGCUCCGGCAGUUGAUCGGAGCCAGGUAUCCAUACUCGAUCAUUGCCAGAAUUGAGGGUAUUGAUAGGAAUGAUGACGGGCAUGAGAUCCCGUUCUCAAUUGACGAAGAUCACGAAUUGGAUGCAUACUUGACCCACGUGCACGGAAGGAAGGCGUUGCUUGUCUUUUUCUUGAACCAGAUCUGA